AAACGGGCCACUAUGGCGGCGUCUGCUAUCCCAAUUAUUGACUUCCAGAAGUACGGACUGAAUGUUACCGACCCCAAGUCCGUGACGAGUGACGUCCUGGAGACCACGGCCAAGGAGAUAUAUGAUGCCUUUAGUACAAUAGGCUUUCUGUACCUGAUUAAUCAUGGCAUUGAACAAAGAAAGGUCGAUGCCAUGUUCUCUGUGUCCAACACCUUCUUUGAUCAACCCGUGGAAGAGAAAAGGAAGUCUGCUCGAGUCCAGGCAGAUCAUGGUGACCAUGGCUGGGUUGACUUGGAAAGCGAAUCGUUGAACCCCGAGCGAAAUGUUGGAGAUUUGAAGGAAGCGUUCAACUUUACACCCGGACAUGAUGGGCUGUGGCCGGAGAACCCUGCGGAAUUUAAGUCCACGUUCGUGUCAUUCUAUGAUGACUGCAGAGACUUGACAGACAGGAUCCUUGAUGUCCUGUCUAUCAGCCUCAAGCUUCAGGAUCGCUAUUACCUGCGCAAGUGUCACAAUCUGAUGGGCAAGAAAGGCGGCGCCACCACACUGAGAAGUCUGUACUACCCCUCUCUGCCUGAAUCCGUGAAGCCAGGUCAAGUUCGCUGUGGAGAGCACUCCGACUAUGGGACAAUAACACUGCUGUUCCAGGACGACAUUGGAGGCUUAGAGGUGAUGAACACUGAUGACAGGUAUGUGCCGGCUAAGCCUGUCCCCGGCGCCAUCGUGGUCAACAUUGGUGAUAUGAUGCAGCGAUGGACUGCGGAUCAGCUUAAAGGCACAAAACACCGGGUCCUGAUUCCUGAAGCGGAAGUUAAGAAACAUCAGAGUCGACAAUCAGUUGCUUUCUUUGUCAACCCUAAUAGUGAUACCAUGAUUAAAUGUCUGGAUGGUUCAGACAAAUAUGAACCAAUCUCAUGCGAGGACUAUCUGAACUAUAGGUUCAGUCUGACCUUUUAGUUAUGGAGGCAAGAACUUGCCAACAUUGCUUGAGAAAUCUUAUCCUUAACAAUUAAACCAUAUGUUUUGCCGCUUCA